AUGGCCCAGCACUUUAAGGAAGCCGCCCGCUGCCCCGUCUGCCUCACGUACUUUGAGGACCCCGUGAACCUCAAGUGCGGCUACAUCUGCUGCCGCCGGUGCCUGCGCGCCCUGCCCAAGGAGCCGGGCGGCCAGGGGGUGCGGUGCUUCAACUGCUCCAAAGUUUCUCAGACGGCCGACAUCAAGCCCAACAGAGUGCUGGGCAGUCUGGCGGCCAAGGCCAAGGCGAUGGAGCCCCAGCUGACAUCCGUCUUGCAGAUGGACCCCAAGAUUCGCAAGUUCCAUGUGGACAUGACCUUGGACGUGGACACCGCCCACAACUACCUCACCAUCUCCGAGGACCUGCAGCGGGUCCGCAUCGGGGAUCUCCCACAGGGGCGCCGAGCCCACCCUGGGAGAUUCAACGACUCCCCCUGUGUCCUGGGCUCUCCCCGCUUCACCUCUGGUCGCCACUACUGGGAGGUGGACGUGGGGCGCAGCCGGCAGUGGAACCUGGGCCUCUGCCGGGAGUCGGCUCCCCGGCAGGGCGAGGUGGUUCUGUCCGCGGAGCUCGGCUUCUGGACCGUGAGCUGCAAGGACGGGAACCAGUUCAUCGCCGGCACCGAGCCCGCCUUGGGGCUCAUGGUCCAGCCCCGCCUGCGCCGCCUGGGCCUCUUCCUGGACGUGGAGAUGGGGACCUUCUCCUUCUACCACAUGGCCGAUGGGUCCCACGUGUUCACGUUCCCCGCCAUUUCGGCUGAGGAGCCCCUGCGCCCCUUUUUCGGGCCUGCGGAUUGCACAGGGCAUGAUGAGAGCUGGCUGGCCCUCUGUCCCUGA